GGCAGACACUUUCCAUCCAAGUUGAGAAAGUGUGCACAGCGCGGCGGCAAUGUAGUCAGCAAGCAAAUUAAUUACAUCGGUACGAUUCAAAGCGGACGAUGCUUCAGACGUCUAAAUUGGGAUUUUGCAUGGAAUAAUAAUAUUGAAAAUAAUUUGUCUUUGCGACGUAAAUGUUUCUCUGUGGCUGGCUAACGUUAGCUAGGUGACCGACUUGGCUAGCCACUUGCGAUCUCCUCAUGUAAACUCGUUGACUAGUUGGGGAAAAAUAUUUUGGACAAAGAAACCCUCUUAGUUUUUUUUAAACUUGCUCUUCUUGUUUGCAAAACGUGAUUGUAAAUUUUUGUGUGUUAAUUAAUUACACGGAAAGAUGACUUAGCGACAGUUUGUAUAAUAAGACAAGAUAAAGAACGCAAAGGAGUUUCCUCGUUUUUGUGAGGUGUACGUUGUAUUUAGUGUGUAAUUCAAGCAGGGUAGGAAGCUAAAAUGAUGGUCGAGGAGAGAAGUUUGGUUCGCCUAGUGGCUGUGCAACAUCUCCGGACAGCGUAUGGGAUCAAGACAAAGAACUGGAACAAAAACAAAGCAGCCAGUUGUAAGUCAACAGCAACAACCAACUCGACAAAGGUAUUUGGAGUACCAUUGGAGAGUUUACCAUAUUAUAACAUGGCACGUGGGAGAGUGCCAAGCUUUCUGGUGGAUGCAUGCAUGAAGUUGCAGGCGCAUGUCGACACGGAGGGCCUGUUCAGAAAAUCGGGCUCUGUUGUUCGAUUGAAAGGCCUUCGGACUAAAGUGGAUUCGGGUGAGGAGUGCCUGUCUGCCGCGUUCCCCUGCGAUGUGGCUGGCCUGGUGAAGCAGUUCUUUAGGGACCUGCCAGAACCUGUGUUACCCACCGAGCUGCAGGAGGCCUUCCUCAAGGCCCAGCAGCUUCCCACCAAGGAGGAGCGCACCUCCGCCACAAUGCUGCUCUCUUGUGUCCUGCCUGACAGGAGCCUCAGUGUCUUGUGCCAUUUCUUUGACUUCCUCCAAAAUGUCUCUAAGAGGAGUGCAGAGAAUAAGAUGGACAGUGCCAAUUUGUCUGUAAUCUUGGCGCCCAAUCUCCUCCACUGUGGAGAAGGUACAGAGAAGAUGAACACCAACACAGAAAAACGCAUCAGACUGCAGACAGCUGUUGUUCACUGCUUCAUAGAGCAUGCUCACAACUUUGGUGCACUGCCACCGUUCCUUGAAGAGAAGGUUUCAGCCGUGAUGCACCGUGACCCAGCAAUUUUGUCGCCUGCAUUCAAUGAGCUUCAGGAGGUAGACCAAAACUCAGGGAAGAGGCGGAGACACAGGCACAGUCUCGGAGUUUUUUCUUCUGCCACUCCUGUGAUUGUGACUCCAUCCUCCAAGCGAAAACUGCCUCUAGAUGCCGGUCCUUCUUUUGGAUUCUCAAACAAGAAACGUAGAUCUGUCAAGAAGAAUCUGGGGAUGGAAUUGCUUCCCAGUUCCUUGUUCAGCGGCACCUCCACCCCUGGAUCAGCUUACAGUGCGUCAGGGGUGUUGGAUUCACCCCAAAGUACUCUUUCCUCGGCUGGGAAGUCUCUAAGGCAGUCAGACACCUCAGCAAGGAGAAAGAGCAGACGACUGAGCAGCAGACAUGUAGUCAGCAGAGUUGAAUCUGGAAGAGCCGGCUGCUUUUCUCCCAAAGUCGACAAAAAAGAAGCACCACACAAGUCUCUGCGCCAGCGUUUCAGCUUGGGGAGGAGCUACAAAGAUGCCGGAUCUGGGUCCAUAGGUUGGCGACUUGCCUCCCAGGAGAGCACCACCAGUUUUUGUUUCACCAAAGAGACCACGUUCAGUCCAUCGCUUCUGCCCAGAAUUGCUCAAUCCAACAGUUCAAAUUUUAUAAGCAAGUCUGAGGACAACUUGCUGUCCCCCCAGUGUGAGCCAGGUGCCCACCGCACCUCAUGGAGCGGAGAGGCCCGUGGAGGAUCACAGCUCUUUAGCGGGGGGCCCUUCCCUGAUACACCCAUGAGUGUGCAUCUGAAGAACCAUUGCAUGUCUGAACCCGCCAUUGUUGUGUCCAAACCUCCGACUGGGUCCAGCCUCCCUCAAAAGUUGUGUUGCGCUUCCAGUGCGGAGAGCCUGGAAAGCGAGUCCUCCAUUUCCAAAGCCUCGAGCCAAACGGUAGCAUCUGCGCCGAAGGUGGAGAACGCCCUCGGAACUCUGACACACGAGACGAUGAAAGCAGAACCGUCAGACAGUAUCCUGCUCCCUCUGCCACAGAUCCGCACAGUUGCGCGUCUAACUGAGGGGACACGCAUGUCCAAGUUCCCAAGUCAUCAUGCGCUAAAUAUUACCUUUGACAUAGAAGCCUUAUCACCUCUGCAUAUUGAUAGUAUAGUUUUAAAUUCUUCUGGGAGUUGUAGUCCAGUGCUGAGAGCUGUUGGCCACAAUAGCUUUGCGAUGAGUGGAAGUGACGACUCAGCCGAGCAGGUUCACUGCAGUAGACUGAUUGAAGCUCUGGACAUGCAGAGUCCAGCACACUUCAGACUUGGUGUCUCGCCAGGACUGGGGUCCACUCCCUAUAUGCCACGCCUUGAGCUGGCAGAUGAACUGAGCACAGCUGGCAUCGGUAAAGCACAUUGCAAGGAUGUGUCUUCUCCAGAAUCUGGUACCCAAAUGCAACACCAACAGCCACAUAAUCCGGAAUGCCACCAGCCCCGUGUGGCAGACCACAUUCAACAUUUCAACAAACUCACCCUUAAGUCUCCCAAAGGCGUCAAGGCCAAACAUGUCAGGUCGCCGCUGAAGUUCCAGCGCACCCCUGUGAGGCAGGCGGUCCGAAGAAUUAACUCAAUCCACGGAGAGAGUAGGCUACCUUCUCGAAAUUUGGACAUGGCCCACGCUCAAGGCAUCAAAGCCGUGAAAGCCGUCAGCCUGGAGAGCGGCCUGUCCCCGCACCCGCAGCCUCAGCCGCCCAAGGGAGAUUCUCGACUGGUUCUGAACAGAGCAUGGCCCUUUAAGAAACCACCCCCUGUCCCACCCAAAAAGCCAAACACCUUGGCUGCUAAAAGCAAGGCUUUUGCUCUUGGCGACGUGACCAACAAGGUCCAAACCAGGACCAACGUGGACUCGUCUAUCUCAGAUGCAGCAGGCGCUCAGGAGGUGUUUUUGCCGCAACUUGCAGAGAAUGAAGCGCGACAUUACCGAGGUUCACCCAGAAACCCUCUGACCCGACCAAGACUGCUGCCAGCCACCAAGCCUGUUGACUUGUAGCCAUGGCUUCUUUUGCAAGCAUAAAUUACAGUUGAUUUGAGCAUUAUUGAUGUGGGAUUUAAUUUAUUUGUUGCUUCAAAAGGUGCUGCUUGUCUUGUCAUAUGGCCUUCUAAAGAAAUGUGCCUCUGCCUUAUGAUACUUUCCAGUAGGUUUUAAAUUGUAGUGUUGAUGAAUUAUUUUUAUUGCUGGAAUUACUGAAAAUAUUUAGCGCUUUUUACAUUUAUCUAUGCAUUCGACAGCUAUUACUGUUUACAGUUGCUAAACUGUUCCUUUUUAUAUGUUCUUGUUGCUUUUGUAAUAAGCCAGAACAAGUCCACCAUUUGAUGGGGAGAAAAUAGCCAAGCAGUAUUGAUUGAAUCAAAAAGUCCAGCACCCAGCGAAACACCCAUGACGACAAAUAAACUUAGUUCUAGAAAAAAAGAGAGAAAGAUUCACUAUGUUCAUCUUGUUGCAAAAAGAGCAAUAUGUUAGCAGCCACUGGGUGGUGUUGCACAGCCGUUUCUAAGUUUGUUGUCCUACACAGCCGCUUUCUCAGCAAAACAAAUUUGAUUUUCAGAUUUUGUCGUC